UGGCCCUGCAGGGAACACGGGGGGGAAACAGGUUCCUGCCUGGACCCAGCAUGUGGCCCCACCCCAGUGUCCCAUCCCCCGGGGGAUGCGAUGCCGGGCAGGAGCUCCCCAACUUCUGCAAGGGGCAGUAAGGGCUGGGCUACAGCUGUAAGCCCUUGGGCAGUGAACCUCCUUCCCCACAGAGGCGUUGUCCCCUUCCUGGGGUGGGAAAAGCGAGGAGAGGGCACGGACUGUUUGCUGGUGAACAUUGGGGGGCUUUCAUUGGGCUCCUGCUGCUACCCGAAUCCCAAAGCAGGCCACGGGGACAGCCCAGCCUGUAUCUUGGCUUACCCACCACCUGGGAAUUGAGCCAGUGACCCCCGGAGUAAAGGCAUCAGCUCCCUAGCUGGGCUACAAGGGGCUCAGCUCUUUGCCCUGGGGAGGGCGCUAAUAAGGCGGGUGGGAGGCUGAGCGGUUGUAAAGCGCUUUGAGAUGUUUGGGUGAAAGGUGCCGUAGGGGGCAAGGCGGCAUUCACAGAUACAGAGAGCAUCUUUCCUCUCCAGGGGCUUCCCACGCAGGCCCUCGGACUGCUCGGUCCAGGCCAGCACUAAUGGCUACGUGUGCGCUUCCCUUUUCAGUCGUGUUUAACACACUCGCUAGCAGGAUUGUAAAUUCGAGUGUGGACACUCAGGGCCAGGCUCUCUAAAGGGCUCCACAUGCUGGGGGCCUAAAUGGGAGGUGAAAAUCGAGCUCCAGAGAUGGACAGGGAGCGCUAGAAUAACUGGCCCUGACUUCUUUGGAAAUUCUGGCCCCCUGUCGCCAGCAGAGGCCACGUUUUUAAAAAUGGGUCGUUGGUAGGGAAGACGAGGCCCAAGAGUCCGUGUAAUCCUGAGCCCUUGUGGUUGUGGCUGGAGCAGUGCUGAGCCGUGCCUGGUGCUCUGCCUGGGUUCUUUGCGGUGCCUGGUUUGUGGGAGCUGCUGGCUUUAGAGUAAGAGAAGCUGCCUCUAGCUGGAGACCCCCGGCUCUCUCCACCCAGGCGCCAUGGUGACUGAGGAGGAAGUCGAGGCCAUCGGCCGGACGCUGGUGGACACAAUGCAGCCCCUGAAGGCUCGUUUCCGAGCCCUCUUCACCCUGCGCAACGUGGGCGGCCAUGCCGCCAUCGACUGGAUCAGCCAGGCGUUCGGGGAUGAGUCUGCCCUUCUGAAACACGAGCUGGCGUACUGCCUGGGGCAGAUGCAGGAUGAGCGUGCCAUCCCCUGCCUGGUCCGGGUACUGCAGGACACCAGCCAGGAGCCCAUGGUGCGCCAUGAAGCAGGGGAAGCUUUGGGAGCGAUCGGGAGCCCCCAGGUGCUGGAUGUUCUGAGACGUUAUUCGGAAGACCCGGUGAUCGAGGUAGCCGAGACCUGCCAGCUGGCGGUCAAGAGGCUCGAAUGGCUGCAGAAGAACAAGGAAGCACCUGGCGCCGGCCCCUACCUGUCUGUGGACCCGGCUCCCCCUGACGAGGAGAAGGACGUCGCCAAGCUGCGGGAGACCCUGCUGGAUGAGUCGCGCCCGCUGUUCGAUCGGUACCGCGCCAUGUUCGCCCUGAGGAACGUGGGGGGCGAGGCCGCGGCGCUGGCGCUGGCUGAUGGUCUGGUGUGCAGCAGCGCCCUCUUCCGCCAUGAGAUUGGCUUCGUCCUAGGCCAGAUGCAGCACGAGGCCUGCGUGCCCCAGCUGACGGCGGCACUGGAGAGCGUGGCGGAGAACCCCAUGGUGCGGCACGAGUGUGCGGAGGCGCUGGGCUCCAUCGCCAAGGAGUCCUGCCUGGAGACGCUGCGGGCGUUCGCCCAGGAUGGGGAGCGGGUGGUGAGGGAGAGCUGCGAGGUGGCCCUGGACAUGUACGACUACGCCAACGGCCCCGAAUUCCAGUAUGCCGACGGGCUGAGCAAGCUGCAGGCCUCAGGCUGAGCAGGGAGCCUGCCCCGGCCUCUGCGGGGAGCUGGGUGGCUGCCGGAGGCAGCCCCAAGGCAGGGGAGCCGAGGCCGGAUUCACCCCUGCACGACUGCUUGCACCAGGGCUGAGUGGGUGGGAAGCCGGAUCUGCAUAGUCCUGUGCGCUCUGUGUCCCGUGGGGGUGGCAGCACGCCUCUAGCGCUGGCUUGUUUCUUUGAGUCCCCGGGAUGGGCCAGCCCCUGUGAGGUUGGGGGUCAGGCUCCGUGCUGGGGUCCCAGGGCAGAGGUUUCAAACAGGCUGAACUGCUGGAUCGUGACCCAGCAGCUCUCCGUGGGGGAGCCUGCCGGGGAUCCAGGGUCAGCCCGUCGGGAGAGCAGGGCUCGUCUCUCUAGUCACGGGCUGUGGGUGGGCACAAGGUUCUGUCACUUAGCGGCUCGGGCUGUGCCCACAGAGGCUCUCUUGUCCACGUCUGUGCUCCAGCUUCACUGCUGCUGCGGGGCCUAAUGCGUUGGGCAAAGCCCUGUGCUGUGCAGCACCGUGGGCAGGCGUUUCAGGAGGCGACGCGCUGCUCAACGCGGCCGGGUGGUGCCUCGUGGCGGGGGCUGCAGCAGCCCGGCGGAGCCUGCGCCUCGCACCAGGAGCAAACACCAGCCAAAGCCUCUGCCCGUUCGCCCACAGCACCGUUGGGAGAGCCUCUGUCCCAGGGGUGGGGCUCAGACAGCCGGAGAGCACCUGGGUUUUCAACCUGUCCCCGGUCUUUGCACUGGCUUUGUACUCCCAGUGAUGCGUGCUGUCCGGGGGUGGCUGCUGUGCAGUGAAGCUGGGUGCCCGCUCUGAAAAUCUGCCCUUCGAUUUCCCUCUUGCCCGGGUCAUGGCAGAGAGGGAAGCCGCAUUGCCCCAGAGCUCCCCUCCGGUGCCAGCCAGGGAGCAGACCUCCCAGGGCAACACAAACCCUGGCCACAGCUGCCUUCUCUGAGCGCUGGCCAGUGGGCAGAGGAGUGGGGGGGCUCUGGUGACACUGCUCUGGGGUCUCCCUCCCCGCGGGUCACAGCCGGCCUGUAGCACUGUGGGCACAUCGGAGGGCAGGGGUGUAGGGGCUGGAGGUGGGAGCUUUGUAGCCGUGUGCCAGCGAGUUCCCAACAGGAAUGGGAUCCAAUGGGGCUGGAGUAGGGGGAGCUCUCGCAGCGGGCAGGGCGCAAUGCGAAAGGCAGAGCUGGGCUAGUCUCUCCGCGCGGAUGGGGCCGUCUUGCUGCAGACGGAGCCUGUGGGGGCCUGUCGGGUACAGCCGUUCACUUGUACUGGGGCUGGGAAGGGCUUGCGGGGAAUAAAUGGAAUG